AUAGCCACGAUGGGCGCUUGUUCAAGCUGAUGUAAGGGAGAUGAUAAGAAUGGUCAAAUACAGGUUGAUCAUAAGAGGAAGAUGGAUAUUUUGAAGGAAAGAGCACUCGUUAAGAUCCAAACUGCUAUGAAAACUUAUUUAGCACAGAAGCAAUGUAAACAGAGGCCAAAGACUCAUGAUUCAAACGAGAAGAAGGAGACUAAAGAGCAAGAAAUGAAUGAGGGGCAAGAUUUUGAACCAUAUGAAGGUUUCGAUGAUAACGUUUAUGAUAACCCUAUCGUUGAGAGUAUUUCCAAGAAGUUAGGCCCAUUCAAAUUUAAUUCUCCUGAAGAUAAUAGUGUCUCAAGAGAGCAGAGAGAAGCAGUCCUCUUCAAAAAUGGAGCAAAAUAUGAAGGAGAGUGGAAUCCAGAGACCAACCAAAGAGACGGUAAAGGAGUCCAGGUCUGGGGAGAUGGCAGUAAAUACGAGGGCUACUGGAGAAACGAUAAAGCCAAUGGGCAAGGAAGACUCAUCCAUGCAGACGGUGAUGUCUACGAAGGCCAGUGGGUCGAUGACAAAAGCCAUGGCUUUGGUGUCUACCAUCAUAAUGAUGGCGCCAAAUAUAGAGGCGACUGGCAUGAAGACAAGCAGGAAGGCUACGGUAUCGAAACUUGGCCCGAUAAUGCUAAAUAUGAAGGAGAGUAUAAAGAUGGAAUGAAGCAUGGAAAGGGCAAGUUCUUCUGGGCUGAUAACUCAACCUAUCAGGGUGAUUUCAUAGCUAAUGAUAUUGAAGGCAAUGGCACUUAUAGAUGGGCAGACGGUAGAGUAUAUGAGGGGUCAUGGAAAUAAGAAUAAAAUGGAAGGAAUGGGAAUAUUCACAUGGCAAGAUGGCAGAAGGUAUGAAGGAGAAUACAAGAAUGACCGCAAAGAAGGCUACGGGGAAUUUACAUGGCCAGAUGGCAGGAUGUAUAAAGGUAGUUGGAAAGAUGGAAAACAAGAUGGCGAAGGACUUUUUGUUAGUGAUAAAGGUGUUUCGCGAGAGGGAAUUUGGAAAAAUGGUAAAAGAAUUUCAUGGGUUGAUGAGAAUGGCUCUUAAUCUUAUAUUUAAUAAAAUUUAGUAAGUACUCAGGCAUGCAGUCCUCGAUAAGUUCAAUAAUUUA